GAAUUAAGCCUGGGACUUUCCAACAGCCCUGCCGACAAAUGCCAAAACAACAACAACAACAACAACAUGGCCAAACGAAAGCGCGAGCCGUCCCUGCAGGAGAACUUGUCGAGAUGGGAACAGAAACUAAUGCAGGCACUCAAGACUGCCAAGGGCUUUGAACGGCAGCGCCUCAGCAAGCGCAUACGCGAUCCUACGACUACGCCAGAGAAGAUCGAGCGACUGGAACGUGAAGUAGUGGUGUUGAAGAGUUUAGAUUUGCACCAAGCCUCGCGAGCGCACAUCUGCUCUUCGCUACUUAAGAUCAAGGGAAUUGCCGAGUCGCCGAACCUGCCCGAGUUUAUCAGACCGGUUUCGAAGCCCAACUUACCAGUAGAAGAAUCGACGGCUUUGCACAAUGUUACCUCGGCCCUCUACAAUCGGAAACAAGUGAGGGAUAUCAUUGAAGAGGCUGUAACAGGGGUCUCUCAAGCAUUGCGAGUGCCUCUGUUGGGCAAGAAGGGAAAGGGAAAGAGCAAGACUCGACAAGAACCAGACGAGCAGGUGAAUGACAGGCAAGGCAGCAUUGGGGAGGACAAGAUGGAGGGUGACGCUUCUAAGAGGAGGAAGCUAGAUGAUAGAAAUACGAAGUCACAACUCGGCAAAGAGGAGGAGUCUUGGUCAGGAUUCAGUGACGAAACCCGGGGUGAUGUGUCCGGUAACGAGGUAGAAGAGAGCGCACUCCCCCGGUAUGAGGGUGCUCUAAGGAGCCAAAAGAACAACGACCCAGACGAUAGCGAAAGCGAGGACAAUAGUUUUGCGGAGGAAAAGGCCUUUCUGCGCUACGACUGCCUUCUUGGGAACUCUGCCGACGAAAAUUCUAGCGAAAGCGACGGUGAAGCUGAGGACCUGCAGAUUAGCCGCGUCCGAUCCAUACAGAACACUCGAGCUGAAGACUGGUCCGGUGGAUCGUCCGACGAUGAAAUGUACGGAGACUCGGAAUCGGAUGAGGAGCAGGAGCAGGAACAAAAGGAGGAGGAUGGGAAAGAUUCCGAUACACCGCCGCCGCAAAAGACAAGGCCAAAAGCCUCCAAAAUGGCCCCCACAAGUACUGGAAACUCCACCUUUCUCCCUAGUCUGUACUCUGGGUAUAUCAGUGGCGACGAAUCCGCCUCAGAUGUGGACGUAGCUCCCGUAAGGAAGAAUCGACGUGGCCAAAGAGCUCGACAGGCCAUCUGGGAAAAGAAGUACAAAGAGCAAGCGAAGCACGUACAAAAUCAGAAGGAAAAGAACGCUAGGGACCAGGGAUGGGACAUGCGCAAAGGCGCCGUGGGCGAAGACGAAGGCCCCUGGAAGAAGGGAAUCCAGAACCCCUUCUCGAGUAAGGCAGGCAGACCGCAGAAUGGCCCUGAGCCGCGAAAGGUAGAGUCGGGGUCGAAUGGUUUGGCUCUCGGCGUCAACCGCAGAGAUGUCAAGUCCCAGGAGAAGCCGAAACCAAAGCAUGACAACCUGGGUGCUCUGCAUCCGUCUUGGGAGGCUGCCAAGAAAGCCAAGGAGGCUGCCCAAAAGGUCGAGUUUAAAGGCAAGAAGGUUGUUUUUGACUAGUUUUCUGUACUAUGAAUAAAAUGUACGAAGAGUGACAUCACUGGCAAGCUCUGAUGUUCCUCUCGAAGUAAUACCCAUGAACAAUGUUAUUCCAUC